AAUAAAUGUACUAGCAAUAACACAAUUUCACUUAACUUUCCCAUUAAAAAAUCAACUACACUUGAAAUACCUUAUUUGAACUCGAUACAACACAAUUAUUAUUAAUUUGGAAUUCUAUGUUUUAUUAUAUUAAUUAAUUGGAAUGAAAAUUUAGACGUCAUUAAAGCGACGUGUAGUGUACAAUCAGCUGACAGUUUGUUUUGAGGCUGAAAUUAACCGUAAAAAAUUGAUUGAGAACUGAAAAUGGCUCUCAGGUUACCAUUAGUUGUUAUUUUGGGGGCUACUGGUUCGGGAAAAACUAAGUUGUCCCUCGAAUUAGCCCGGAAAUUCAAAGGAGAGAUAAUAAGUGCAGACUCAAUGCAGGUGUACAAAGGUCUCGAUAUUAUAACAGCGAAAGCUACGAAAGAAGAACAAAGUGUGGCCCUACACCAUCUUAUUGAUAUUCUGGAGCCCCAUGAGAGUUUCACCGUAGUGGAGUACCGAAAUAGCGCUUUGAAAAUUAUUGAUAAUUUAAUAAAGCGAAAUAAAUUACCCAUCAUCGUUGGUGGAACUAAUUAUUAUAUAGAGUCCCUCUUGUGGAAAAUUUUAAUUGAAGAGCCCGGAGACCAUGUCAAAGCGCCCCCAUACAACGACCAUGAAUUACCCAGCGAGGAAUUGCACAAAAAACUGAAACUUGUCGACCCCGACUGAAAUUCUUACAUAUACAGGGUGUGUCGUCUAAACCCCACUUUAAAAGUAUUGGGAGUUGGAAUAAUCGUAUUUAUUUGAAAAUUGGUACAUAGCCAUUAACCAU